CCCUUUACUCACCUUAGGGUCAUUGUUUACAUCCAUCCAUACAUGUCAUUUCUGACCGGACGUGAGCCAGAGCGACGGUGAAAAGAAACCUCUCCCCACUGCUUUUUUUCUUCUGUUUCUCUGUGACAGCGUUCACCUUGAAGCCUCAGCACCUGUUCUGCAGAGAGUCUCACAUCAGACCGGGGAAACCUCGUGGAUUUCAACAAAACAAUUCCUGAUUAGAUCUUCCAAAGCCAGCUGCAGCCAUUUCACCUCCGACAGCCAUGUACAGCUCCAGCUACUCCCGGGCCAAGUUUGGCCUGGAGGCAAGGGAGCCCCUGCACAAGUCCAGAGGGAAGAGCUGCGGCUACUACAUGAGGAUCGUCUUCUUCUUUUCCUCUCUGAUCCAGUCCCUGAUCAUCAUCAGCCUGGUGCUCUUCCUCAUCUAUGGACAGCCAGAGAAGUCUGCAGAGGAGAAGAGGGUCAAGGAGCUGGAGCUGAACUUCAACAGGCUGAGCGAGAACAACAUCCUGCUGAGGAAGGAGAAGGGCGAGCUGGGAGCUCAGCUGGGAGCUCGCACAGCUGAGAAAGCCGCCCUGGAGAAAGAGAUGGAGAAGCUGAAGACUGAUGCCAACGCCACGGAGCAUGGGCUAAAAUUAAAAUUAGCCACAUGUGAGAGAAUGAGUGCGACGACACUCAGCAUGAUGGCGCGGCGUCCCUCCAUUCCCAUCCAGCCCCCUGUCAUGGUCACUCCUACCAGUGAACUGAAGACUCUGCAGAGCCUAAACGCCCAGCAAAAAGCUUUGAUAAAUCUCAUUGAGGCAAACUUCACCCAGACGGUUCAGUACCUGAGCCACGAGAGAGACAGCGCCCUCAAAGACCGAGACACGCACCACCAGGACGCCAUCACCCUGCGCAGGGAGAACACCAUGCUGAAGGAGCAGCUCACCACCUACACCAGGAAGUGCAAAGAGGAUUUCGCUCACUCUUUGGACGGCAUCAAAACGGUGACCAAGGAUUUCCUGAACCGGAUCAACAACCUGUUUCCACACCAGCUGACCUUUCACCUCACCUGUGACAGCCAGCAGGAGCAGAUGGAGAAGAUCAGAAACAGCUGCACGAACCUGUCCAGAGACGUGGAGAAUAAGUUCCAGCUAUAUUUAGACAAAGUGGGCAACAAGGUGGCAGAGAUCCAAGCCCUGUCCAGUCGUCUGGAGGUGCAAAACUCACAUUUGAACUCUGAUCUGCAGCAGUGUGAAAGCACUCGCAGCGAGGCGGCUGCAGAGGCUGCCAAGCAGCUACAGCUCAAGCAAAAGACUCAUGACGACCAGAUGGAGAAAUUACUGAUUGAGCAGAACCGGCUGAGAGACCAGAAGAAGCUGCAGGAAGACACUUUAGCCCUGAGAGAGAAAGAGCUUCAGAGCCUCCAGCGGCUGCUCCCUGCUCAGGCCAAGUCUGGUGUUCCUAAAGCUGCCGGCCUACAGGCGGCCCCCCAGCAAGACAGGCGGACUGCGGCUGGGUGGCUCUCUGUUGGAGCACCUGACUUCAAGAAAACGGUGAGAUGAAGUGAACUGGCAGAGGAAUGACUGAGAGCCAUCAACAUUUUGCCUUUUCUACGGACAUUUAUAUACUCUGAUACAUCACACUUCAUCCUGUAAAUAACCUGAGUGCAGAUUAAUGUUGUAUUUACUGUCGGCAUGCUUUGUUUAGCUCUUCUGGGAAUCGAGGAUUCAUGUGCGCUUGACUUGUGUUUGAGUUUAAACAUUUGCUGUGAAAAGCUUCCGUAUUUAACCAGGUAAAUGUAAAAAAUGCAAUGACACUUGUGUAAAUAUUUUCUAUUGAGUGUCACUCACUGUGGAUUGUGUUGUUAGCUUUUCUUUACAGUGGAAAUUAAAAUUAAAUUAACCAAAAGAUGACUCACUCCUUCACUGCGCUCUCCUCAGUCUCUAUUGUCUCCCUGGCAUUAAAAUCACAACUCAGACAGUCUAUGUUGAGUACGCAGAUAUUAAGGGUUUAAUGGGUAAUCUUAUA